AUGUGCAACGCUGGCGGGUCACUGGGACGUCUGGGGCGUCGACGUCCGGGAUGGGGGUCGAUGCGCGGAGAGUGGCGAAGUUGGCUGGAGAAGCGCCAUGCAGCCUGGUUGAAGGCUAGAUCUCGUGGCUUUCGGACGCCUGCGUCCAUGUCGGUCUUAUUUCUGCCUGCUGCCUCGAAUGAUGGCAAAGACGUGGCGACUGAUGCCGCCUCCAUCGUUCCAAUGGCCUCUGCGGAAGCGGUCUUGGAGCACACGAAACUUCCUGUGGCACCUGAUGGUUUGGCCAUUGCUGAGGAGCGCUUGCAGGGCUCCGUGUUGGGAACGAAGGUGCCAGGCUGGGAAGAGCGCCUGGAUCUGCUGCACAACAGCUGCCCUCCACGCAAGCGAGGCUACGACCACUAUGUGAAGUUCACACCCUCAGCGGGACGCGUGCUGGAGGCCGCCUCGAGUGUCACGGGCAUUCCCACAGACCACCUCUUGGUCGCUGCCUUGGCCGCCUCCUUGAGUUUCGCCCAGAGGAUCUCGGAGGUCAAACUCACUCUCAUCGUGCCUAUGAGAGAUGGACCUGGUCAUGGUCAGGCCGUUUCCAAUUUGGCCUCCACGCGGCACCUCAGCGUGUGGGCGCAAGAGCGGUCACUCUUCGACAUUGCUUUUGAGCUGUCCUCACGUUUCAGGCGACGGGAUUGGCACACCUGCCAGCUCUUGGAUGACAACGGGGACAGGCUCUUCAUCAACCUUCGAGGCAUUCCGGCCUUUGAUGGUGCUGUGCCCGUGAUCGAACCACAAGACACAACGCGCAAACCCACGCGUUUCGUCAGGAAUAUUGUGGAAAUGUUCGCGGAUCAGGAGACCCUGCACUCGUGGACCAUGUGGAUGGGUCUGCGAGAAGACGUGGACGCGAGUGCCUUCAGCCGAGCGCUGAGAAAGGCACUGUGGGGCUUAGCCACUUGUCCAUUGAACCCCCUCGACUGA